CAUCAGGGGAUAAAUGCUGUGGUCUCCGGCAGUCCCAGACACCAGAGCACAGUGGUGACCAUGGGUGACUCCACAGAGGCCAGGAUGCAGCAGCUGGGUUCUGUGGAGGACGAAGAGUGGAUGGUCAGUGACACCGGGUGUUCUAACAAAAGCUCCAGACUACGACCACAUUCUGGAACCAAGAGUUUAGCAGGACGCCUGAGACAUGGCCGGAUCCCCUUGGUCCUGCACUUGCUCUCCUUCCUGUUCUUGGCUGGGCUCCUGCUGGUCAUUCUUGUCAAAGUUUCCAAGACCCUAAAUACCCAGGGGCAAGAGGAAUCUAAGCUUGAAGAGAUUGCCCAGGAACUGGACCAGCUGAAAGACCAACUCUCAUCCAAGAUCCCCAGCUCCCAGGGGCAGAACGAGUCCAUGCAGGAGAAGAUUUCCGAGCAACUGACACAGCUGCAGACUGAACUCCUCUCCAGGAUCCCCAUCUCCCAGGGGCGGGAUGAGUCCUCGCAGAUCUCUGAGCAACUGGUGCAGAUGAAAGCUGAACUCCUUUCCAGUAUCCUUAACAUCCAGGUCCAGAACCAGUCUAAGCAGGAAAAGAUCUACCAGCAACUGGUGCAGAUGAAGGCUGACCUCUUCCGCCUGUGUCGCCCCUGCCCCUGGGACUGGACAUUCCUCCUAGGAAACUGUUACUUCGUCUCCAAGUACCAGCUGAAUUGGAACAGUGCUGUCAAGGCUUGCCAAGAAGUGGAGGCUCAACUGGUCAUCAUCCAAAGUGAUGAAGAGCAGAACUUCCUGCAGCUGACUUCCAAAGCUAAAGGAGCAACCUGGAUGGGGCUGUCGGACCUGAAGAAGGAAGGCUCGUGGCUCUGGGUGAAUAACUCACCUCUAUCAUCCAGAUUCCAGAAGUAUUGGAAUAGAGGGGAGCCCAACAAUAUUGGGGAAGAAGACUGUGUGGAAUUUGCUGGGGAUGGCUGGAAUGACUCCAAAUGUGAACUCCAAAAGUUCUGGAUCUGCAAGAAGUCUGCAAGCCCGUGCACUGCCAGCUGAGGGCCAGCUCAUCUCAUCUGCUUUCAUGCUGGUCUGCCAGGUGGAUAGACAUGUCUCACGUUCCUCUCCCUGCCCAUUGACCUCAGUAUGUUGACAAAAGCAUUGGGCUUCUUUUUUAUAAAAUUAUUCAUCCUGGUUUCAUUUA